AUGAGAGACAAUGAUCUCUUCGACAAUGACAACGAUUCAUUUUUAUUGUUCAUUGUAGUAACUCUCAAUAUUCCAAUCGAUGCUCGAUGGUCACGGAAUGGAAAGACCGUUGCUGGAGGGAAUGGAGAAGGCAAUGCCACAAAUCAACUCAACAAACCUUGUGGUCUCUUCGUUGAUGAUGAUCAAACGAUGAUCAUUGCUGACCACUUGAAUCAUCGUAUUGUCCAAUGGAAGAUGGGUGAUACGAAUGGACAAGUUGUAGUUGGUGAAAAGGGCCAAGGAAAUCGCUUAGAUCAAUUGAAUUAUCCAACCGAUGUGCUAAUCGACAAAGAGACUGAUAGUCUCAUUAUCUGCGAUUGGGGAAAUAGCCGAGUCGUGCGAUGGUCUCGUCGUAGUGGCACAACUCAAGGAGAAAUCCUCAUUGACAACAUCGUUUGUUCGGGAUUGUUCAUGGAUGAUCAGAGAUAUCUCUACGUCUCUGACUGGAAAAAAGAUGAAGUAAGACGAUAUCAAAUAGGAGACAAGAAUGGAAUUAUCGUGGCUGGUGGAAAUGGCAAGGGUGCUGAUCUCAAUCAACUCAACGUUCCGACCUACAUGUAUGUCGAUCAACAACAGACUGUCUACGUGUCAGACAACAACAAUCAUCGUGUAAUGAAAUGGAAUAAAGGUGCAAAAGAAGGCAUUGUCGUCGCCGGAGGUCAAGGUGAAGGGAACGCUCUGACACAUUUGUGGCAUCCUAACGAACUCUUCAUCGAUACGUUGGGUACCCACUAUGUGGCAGAUUCAAGAAAUGAUCGAGUGAUACGUUGGCCUAAGGGAACAAAACAGGGUACUGUUAUUGCGGGUGGAAAUGUUGAAGGAGCAGGAGCAAAUCAGUUCAUUAGUCCCAUUAGUUUGUCCUUCGAUCGACAAGGCAAUCUUUAUGUUGUAGAUAAGGAUAAUAAUCGUGUUCAAUUUUUUUCAAUUCAAUAA